CUCAACAGUCCCAUGGGUUUUUGGUAGUGAGUGCCAGAACGGGGCAUAUCUUGUUCCGUGAAGCUCCUUCCUCCAUCAAGGGUUGGAAGGAUAGAUUAUUCUUUGUCUCUGUCCCGAACGGCCUAAUUCCAAGAAAGUGGAAUGUCUUUCCUCCCAAGUCCCUCGAACCCUUCAUCUCCGAAGAUCUUAGUAAGGACAUCAUUGUUGUGGAGGCUGGUGGCUGAUUCAAGAUUAUGUCCUACCUAACUCCCGAACGGCUUAUCAAGGCCGGGAUAGGUACUGCCCGAAUUCCUGGACUUACUUGACUGAAAACCAAGUACCAUGGCCCGGGCGGUCCUUCCCGUGUGAAAAACAUUUUGUUUAUCCAUGUGCGGACCGCUUGGUACUAAUAUUCCCUUUGUUUAUUUUCAGCUCUCAAUCAAGGCAAAACUUCAGACCCUGAAGGAGCAACUCCCGAUCAGCCAGAAGCUAUGGAUGACAGCAGGCUGUUUACCGUAGGAUUUGAUGAUGAGCCACAGGUCUCCCCCCCUGUUCAGGAAAAAAGGAAAACUAAGAGGAAGAGGUUGAGAAAAGCCGAUCAGUCAACUUCCUCCCAGGCUGUUCCUCAAUCUACCGAGCAGCCUGAACCAGCUCAGGAGAUCGAGCCUGUCCAGCAGGUUUCCCCUCAGCAGCCGUCCCAUGCUGACAUACUAAUGGACCAAUUUUUCUCUGAUCAGCAACCGCAUUUCUUCUCUGCUGAGGAAAUGGCCGCUCAUCAGUCUGACCUGGCCAGACAGCUUCAGAGGAUCUCCCUCAAGGAUCCCGCCCACGACAUGUUGGAGCGGGCGGGUUGUCCGGCAACUCGGAUCUGGUCCACUUCUGUGGAUCUGAAUGAUUUUACUCUUCCCGAGCUUCCGGUGGAGGAAGCAGAGGAAUGUAUAGCCCUGUCCGCCCUUAAGAUGGGGAUAUACAGUUUGAAGCUCCGUGAGGCCCGGCUGGCCAAAGAAAGAGGGCUCAUAGUGGCGAAGGAGGAAGCCGAACACUCCCUUUCCUCAGCUGUUCGGGUCGCUGAGACUGAUCGGCAGGUAGCUGCCGAGAUUCGGGCAAAACUGGAGAGCGAGCUCGGGGAGCUCCGUGUGAGGGUAGCUUCUCUCCAGGCUUAUCUGGCGGCGGCCGAAUCCGCCCAAGUGAAGUUCUCAGAGUCUGCUUCUCAGAUCCCGGACGGUCCUCCUGAAAUAACUGUCGAUCUUUCCACCGUCCGGGAAAACUUCAAGACUUCGGCUGAGUUCCGGGCGUAUGCCCUUGAACAGCUUCCUGAUGUCUUCGGGGAGCAUUUGGUAAAGCUGACCGGUGAAGAGCGGCAAAAGGAGGGGGUCAGGGUGUUUGAUCAGCAUCUGGUGACCAAGGAAUGGGCUGAAGUAUUUGCCCGGGAGGUAUACAGCUCCGGGUGCCAGCACAUGCUUAAGCCGCUCCUCCCCCUUCUAGAGAAGCAAUUAGUUCGUCCGGCGCAGCCAUCCGAUUUCCCUGGUCUGCACCCCCAUCAUCUGAACGCCUUAUCCGCCCAAAUCAAAAAAUGCCGGCGAGCCUUGGGGAUGGAGAUUGUCCAGGCC